CCUCGUACCUGUUUCUCCUUCCAAUCGUGCCUAGUAGAGUCAGUACGUCGUACGGUGUCACAGUUGUCACGCGAAAGACGUUCAACCCUCUUAAAACCUACGUGGCAUUCACUAAAAAAUAUCCCCCAAAGUUCUCGCGAUCAACCCGAUCGUCAAAAAAUGAAUUGCAGCAGUUGCUUUAUUUCCAAAGAGCAGUGUAAAUGAUGAUUGAACAUCGGCAUUGUGAAUAGUGUCAACAAGUUGUGCGAUUGAGAAAUCAUGAAUGUCCCAGAAUCGGGCAGUUUCCUGAUUGAUUAAAAAUACAAUCCACGAAGCGAGGGCGAAUCGAGAGGAGAGAGAGAGAAGCGAAAAUAUGGACGAAGCCGAUCAGGAUUCUGUGUGCUACGGCCCGGGUAGCAUUGCAGGGGCUGUGAUCGGUACAUUUUUGACGACUGCACUUCUUUUAGCCAUCGCUGCCUUCUUCUACAGGCAGUGGCGUCGACAUAGGGGAAAACACCUUGUGCUGGUGACAGAUCCGGAGAUUGUCGAGGAUGCCUAUGCAUUCGAUAAUCCCUGUUUCAAGGACGCAUCAUCAGGACAAAUAGGAAGUAUGGAGAGGCCACUGUCUGUUGCAGCUAUUGAGACACAAAUCAAAGAUACACCAAAGUGGUCAACCCCGUGGUCAGGAUUAGGACUAGGGACUGGCAAUAAGCAUGACAAGAGACGAACACUCGAUGAUUCCUGUCUUGGGCCAAAAGCUACACGAGUCAGUGUAGUGAGCCUCCGGAGUAGAGACUUCACCGGCCUUGGGUUUAACGUCGCCGGAAACAUGAGGGAAGGUAUCUUCGUGAAGGAUCUUCUGCAUCGCGGUCCAGCUUCUGAAUCCGGUCGCAUUCAUCCAGGUGAUCGAAUAACAAGCGUAAAAAUAAGCUUCCGAAGCAUGGUGUACGAGGAUGCUCUAACAAUCCUGAGUUAUGCAUCGCCUUACGAUGUUGAACUCGAGGUCGAGAGUGGUGGCAGUGGUUCGCGUCCAACGACCCUCUUAAAAAAGACAGUGGGUCCAAGUCCCGCCCGCAUUUGUCACCCUAUCUACCGAAGCCAAUCGAUUCCCGAAUUAUCGAGAGCCCACAAGUCCUCAGCAAAGCGACUCUUCAUUGCUGACCCCAAUGACUCCCUUAACUGCUCCAACUACUCCCCAUUAAAUUGUACUCUAAAAUCAUCAAAAUCAACACCAGGAAGUCACACGUUAGAACGUCAACAUGAGGAAGCCAAAUCCAACAAUCACCACCAGAAAUUUGGCAUCAAAGUGCUGCCCACACUGGAGGGAACAGUCCAUAGAAUUGAGAAUCAAAAUGAGCACAACACAAAUCUCGAGCGAAAAAAUUCACGAAAAAAGCUCGAUGUAGAGAGACGAGAGAUAAUCUCCUCAACGCCAAUUCCCACGGAGAAGAUCCAGGAACGUCUGCGCCAGCGGGAGAGCCGCAGUAUGGCGAAUGGUGUAGAUUCAACAGACUCUAAAGUAUCAAACACACGUCCCCAGGACGAUGAGAAGAUGGUGAUCCCCUCGGAGGUACCUGAAGAGGUCCACAACGCCGCGAUGGCAGCGAGAAGAAAUCGAAAGAACAGUGCAGAGCUGUUGAGUCCCUUCAAGCCUGACAAUGAGUUGGGAACUAGUAACCCAGAGGAAGAUAGAAAGAGCCCUCAAAAGAACAAACGAAAGGCCCCAGCGCCACCUGCAUCGCCCAUAAAAGAUGACCAAAUGACCUCAAUUAAUCACCAGCUGCAAAACAGAAUCGAUACAAUCGCCGAUUACACUGAAUCAUUGAGUGAUUACGUUGAGAAGGUGAUCGAGGCUGAGACUGAUGGUGAUCAGGCGCAAUUGUCCCGUGUGGAUGAUCACUCAGAGCGAAGAAAUUCAGCAGAAUCAGACACUGACUCCGAGAUGCAGCACAGUUUUACAACGAUUGAGCUCAAUCCAUCGGACAUUACAAUCCAUCACACACCAGUCCCAAGGGCACCUGAAGACGAGAAUGAGGAUGAUGUCUACAGGAAAGCAGCGAGUCUCGGUGAUUUGUCCAAAUACGAGGCGAAGAGUUCAACGACCCUGGAGCGAGCACAGAGCCUGGACAUGGCGGACGCUGGCUUGAAGAAACGAAAAGCUCCCCUGCCUCCGGAAGACAUUGCUGAAUUCAACGAGGACUUGAGCAAGCUCGAUGACAUGGAGGCGUUUGACAGAAUAAAAUUGAAGAAGUCGAGCGAAUGGGGUACCCUGGAGGAUGCCAUUUGGAGUAAAACAGACGGCGAUAAUGAAGAGGUCAAGCCAAAAAUAAGGAAGAAAAGCAGUGGUACCUUGGAGAGGUCGAAAUCUGCAGUUGAAAUCAAGCUGAAAGAGGACAAUUCCCUCGGUCAGUCUCACACAACUCAGGACAAGCCCAACGAUUGCAGCAUAGAACUAUACAAUCUUCCUUUGAGCAAGCGCCUCACUAGGGACUUCAUCCAUACUGAAAGAAUGUUUAAUCCUGAUGAGGAUAAUGCCCUCGUGAGAAUCGUCAACAACGGACGGGUCUUGAAAAGUCCAACACCUGAACAGGUUGAAUUGGAUUUUAAACCAGCCAAACCUAUACCUGAUAGUCCCGACCAAAUGGAUACUCCAGCUGUUGUGGAUUCUUUCGAUCAAGCACUGAGAUUCUCUGACCUUCAUUCACGCUUGUCCAGUAAACAACUUGAAGCAGACCUUGACACGAUUAAUGGAGAUAAUAGAGAGAUGUACGUGGGCAUGAAGCAAGUAAGGGAGGAGCCAGUGAGGAAAAUUACAGUGAAUCGAACGUGUCCCAUUUGCGAAAGAAAUGGUCAUCAUGACAAGCACUGUCAGCUACACGUCAAAACUAAUGGCAAUUACGAUGACUCAUCCAAGUUGGCUGGAGAAAUAGCACCUUCCACGCUGACUGAUAUCGAAAAACAGAUAGAGAGCAUUACUGGGCGAGAUAUUGAGAACGAUGAUGAUGUUGAUGAUGGCUGCGAUCUGGAGUUGGGUGUCACUAUCAACAGCAAGAGACUCACCCCCGAGGAUCAGCACAACAUCAGUAAUAUCAGUGUUUCGAGUGAGGACAGCGGUUUGGUUGGAGAAUCUGGCGAAUUUAACGCUGACUCACGGCCGCCAUUACCGAACACCCCUGCCCCGCCUCAAAAACCUUCCAAAAAACAGACUUAUAUCACUGAGAUCAAGGUCUCCCCCAGGGACACCAGGGAAAACCUCCCUGAAGUCAAUGAAAUUCACCCAAAACCACCUAGGGGUCAGGUUACAAUAACUUCCAACGGCAAGCCAACACCUGCAAAAAAACCACCAGUUCCCCCCAGGCGAAGUGACUCCUCUAAGAGCAGUGGUAAAGAUAUUGCCAUUGACAAACAAGUUGUUUAUGUCUCGGAGUUCAAAUCACCGGAGAUAAGUCAGACUGAGGUGGCCGAUGACAAUGAUAAGUCAUUGGGGAGUAAAACAUUUGAGCGCUGGAUAUUCUUGGGUGAGAACAAGGAUGAAAAUUCUUGGGGCAAUGGAUCGAAUCAGGCCCAACCGGUUACAAACAUCGUUGUCUCCUCAGGUGAGGAGAAAAUUAUCAAAUAACAGUAAAAACAAUUUUUUAUUUUUUUAUUUAUUAAUUUGUUCAGAGGGGGAAAGGGUUCAUAGUCGCAAAUGUGUUAGUCACGAUUAAGUUUUACUGACGUUUGAAUGUUCUUGGGAUGGGGAUGCUCCUUCGUAGGGGUGCGCCGUCAAAAUUUUUAUCCUACGCUACAUUGAAGGAUGAACCUCCAAAAAUCUGUUAGAAUUUCGCAUUAAAAAAAAAUCGCUCAGUUUAAAUCAAUUAUGCAGGAAAUUUCAUUAAAGCUACUAAACCUAUAAUUUAUUAAUUAUGGGGCCAAUUAAGUGUCCACUAAAAUUCAUGAAUAGAGUACAGUUAUAAUACAACAAGUUCGCAUGAUUUUGUAUUUUUUCAUACGGUUUUAUUCUUUAAAAAAAUUCUCUGAUGUUCUUAAAACAUCAUAGUAUUGAAAUGAGCAAAACUUAGCAUCCCCUGUAGUUGAAAUAGAGACGUAAAAGUUUGCACACCUAUUUUAUUAUUCGUUUUGAAUGAAACGAGCCGACGAUACGACCAAAAUUGACCUGCACCCCUAUUAAGGACUCCUCAUUGACGAUCGAAUCACAGGCAAAGUGGUAAAAGGGCUUGAGUAUAUUUUGACUAGACGCCUUUCAUCCCUUCCCUAAUGAAACAGAAAUAUUACACCCGUUAUGUUUGUCUUUAUCGAAAAAAAAACAAAUAUCGUGAUAUAAGGUGAAUGCAAGUAUUACUGGAAAGCUAUGUGCCAUAGAGGAAAAAUUUGAAAAGUCAAAAUAUCGUGACGUGGCAAACGCUUUCUGAGGAUAUGGUGAAAAUUGUUGUGAAGUAAUACCAAUUUUCCAGAUAUAGUCAGCAGUAUUUUUAUUCACCUGCUGAUUCUAAUUCCCUGUUCACUAAAGAUAGUUUCCUUAGUUUAUUGUAUUCCAGUGGAAGUAUAGAAUGCAUGUUGCAAAAAUAUUCAUUAACAUCCCAUUUAACUGAUUAAAAAAAUGUUAUAACAAUUGAUAUUGGACUGUACAUUCUCCAUGAAAUUAAUGUAAGAAAUGUUGGUGCCGGAGACAUGUCUUUCUCAUCGGGUGUUUGAAUCUUUUUCACACAAAAAAAAUCCCGACUCUAAAUGAUAGAAUUGUAUAUAAUACUCAUAAUGUAUAAAUUCAAUACCUACUUCACACAUUAAUUAAUAUGUAUGAAUGGAUACUGGGACUAUUUUACAAAAGAAAGAGGAAAAAUUAUAUAUAUAAAACAUAUUAUUGAUAUAAAUGUUACAAUAGUAAUCACACAAUAUUGUAAAUUUUAUUAUUAUAAUUAUUAUUUUUUUCUAAUCUA